GCAUGAGAUUCGGCAAUGGACCAGACACCAGUGAAAGGUCGAAAGGCCAGGAUGAAAUCGCGAUCAACGCCUCCAUAGCCCACAUCGUGUUGAGCUGCGUUGCCGGACAAGGAAUAAGUCACUGGAAUGAGAUAAACUUUACCCAACCUGGAAUGCACGGAAACCUAUUCCUGUUUGGAAUUUUUGGAUACCUUCUGCACCAAAGCGCAAGAUUAAAAAUCAAUAUGGGUACUGUGUACAAUUUCAGCGGGAAAGCUACGCGCUAUCUUCCUAUUCCUUGCAUGAUGGCCGAUCUCUACAAAGGCAACCACCUUUUCGCAGGCUUACAUUUGAUGUCCGGCUUGGUUCCCUUCUCAUUAUCUAUGAUGGGCACUAGUUUUGACAGCGCACAAAUCGGGAAUUUAGUCAUAGCUGGCAACAUUAUUUCUUUAGGACAUUAUUCUUUGGAAAACAAUAUGGAGUGGGGUUUUUAUACCGCUGCCGCCGCGGUUUUUACUUAUUAUUUGUGCCCUCAAACUGGUCCUAAGAUCAUUUAUCCUUUUGGCUUGGCACUGAUGGAAUAUUGCGCUUAUAGGACUUGUAAAAUUAAAUUAGAACGUAAGAAGAUGAUUAUGAACUUUAUCAUAGCCGUGCUGCUUAUCAUUGAUCCAUGCGGCUGUUGAUUGUAAAAAA